CGCAGAAGAAAGCCCUGGCGCUGCCCCUCCUCUGGCGGUGCAUGAUGGUCGCUGCACCGGUGCUACCUGCUGGUUUGUGUCCUGUUGUUGUCCUCCCGGCUCCUCCACUGUCCCUGUGAUGGUGAAGAAGAGAACCACCGGCCGCCGUGCUUCACGCGACAGCUAGCCUCCUGGGAGGCGAGUCCCAAUGCCAUGGCCUCCAGCCACAGCUCCUCCCCAGUGCCUCGUCCUGGAAGUGGAGGCCGAGAUGGGAUCUACCGUAAGGACCGGGAUCCCUCCCCCCCUCGCUGUCGGACCAUCCGCUCUCUGCCUGAUGUCUGCCCCAAAGAGCCCACCGGUGAGGUGCGAGGCCUGUGCAACGGACCUUCUGUUGUGGCGGAGCAUGACCGGUGGACGGUGCUCAGCUCAAAAGUCAACCUCCCAGCUGCACUGAACGACCCACGACUGGCUAAACGAGAGUCUGACUUUUUCACCAAAACAUGGGGGCUGGACUUUGCAGAAACCGAGGUGAUGCCCUCCUUCUACCUCCCCAACAUCACCAGGGAAGACUUCGGGCCCUACCUGCAGGAGAUGGCUCAGAGGGAACGAAUCCACGAACGCUGCAAGACGAUCUGUCCUAACAAAGACGACGUGGACGCCGUCUCAAGUAUCACCACCAACCACGACAAAUCCAGAGCUGAGUUGGAACAAGUCCCGAAGAUUUUUAUGAAGCCGGACUUUGCCCUGGAUGACCCAGCCACCUUCAACAACGUCCUGCCCUGGUCUCACUUUAACAGCGCCGGUGGAAAGAGCAGCAGAGACGUGGCUUCCUCCAAACUGCUGCAGGAGAAGCUGAGCCACUACCUGGAUGUGGUUGAGGUGAGCAUUGCUCGACAGAUCUCACUGCGCUCCGAGGCCUUUUUCCAUGCUAUGUCCUCGCAGCACGAGUUACAGGACCGGCUGCAGGAGACGCAGCAGGCUGUGGCUGUGCUGCGGGGCCGGACGGCGGCCAUGGACCGGGUCAUGUGCCAGGGGCCUCUCCAGGCCCUUCGCAAAGCAAUGACUCGCAACAACUGUGUGAAGCUGCACAACAAGCUGAAGCUGAUGGCAGCGGUGCAUCAGACACAGCCCACCGUGCAGCUGCUGCUCUCUACCUCCGAGUUUGUUGGAGCACUGGAGCUCAUCGCCACCACCAAGGAGGUGCUGCAGCAGGAGCUGCAGGGAAUACACAGCUUCAGACAUCUGGGCUCCCAGCUGUGUGAGCUGGAGAAGCUGAUCGAUAAGAUGAUGGUGGAGGACUUCAGUAUGUAUUCCCGCAGCGACCUGAGCCGAAGUCUAAAGGACGAGCCACAGGUCCUAGAGAAGGUCCACAAACCAAAUGCAGAGUCACAAAAGGAGCGUCUGGAGUCGCUGGUGUUCGGUCUGUUGAGACAAAGGAAGCUGGACUUUCUGGAUAUUUACAGUGAUGAGAUGAUCCUGGCUGCUAAGGCCAUUGUCACACAGUGUGUGACAGACAGUGUCGUGCACAUUGAAGAAAUUGACACCGAAGUCGUCAUAAAACAAGCUGACCAGAUGCGUCUGAUGACGUUCCCUCAGUGGUUUGAGCUGCUGAAAAAUGUCUUUGAGUGUUUCCUUCUCUUCCUGCAGAGAAUCAAGGCCACUCUGAACAUCAUCAGAAAUGUGGUUGUGGAGGUUCUGAACUCAAACCAGAAGAACCGUCUCCUGGAGCAGGCCAGUUCAGGGGCAUCAGGCCAAGAGACUUCACAGAGCCCGUCGGUCCUGCAGGGGGAGGCCGAGCUGGCCUACCUCACCCACGAGGGUCUGUUCAUCAGCGACGCCCUGAAUGAGGCCCAGCAGCAGGCAGCGCUGGCGGCCCAGGAUCAGAGCUCCACAGUGGGCUCCAGGAUCCAGCAGGGCCGGCUGGAGACUGCAGGCAGUGACUUGACAUCUGGAACCUCAGAGAUGUCGGCCAGCAGAGAGCAGAGCAUCAUGUCAGGGGAGAACAUGAUGCCCACUGAGCUGGAGCUGAACCGUGUGGUCAAUAAUGUCCAGGAGCUGCUGUACACUGCCUCCGAUGUCAGCCACGACCGCUGUGUCAAAGUGCUCACAGCAAGAGCAAAGGACGGCUCUCUGGAGCGUCUGAGCUCGGCCGAGUUUGUGUGUCUGUCGCAGGCGGUGGAGGGUUUUGUCCGGGACACAGAGGAGCUGUCAGGCAGAAGAAGCGUCUCAUUGAGGGGGGCGCUGCAGAGCCAGGCCAACCGCUUCGUCCACCGCUUCCAUGAAGAACGCAAGACCAAACUCAGCCUCCUCCUAGAUAAUGAGCGCUGGAAGCAGGCAGAGGUUCCUGCAGAGUUUCAGGAUCUGGUGAACUCCAUCGCUGAUGGAAAAAUAACACUACCAGAGCGCAAAACCACAGGUCCAGAUGAGAAGAAACCUGCUGAAUUUCUGCUUGUUAACGGGCAGAAAUAUGCAGUCGUUGGGACGGUUCUGCUGCUGAUCCGGAUCUUUCUGGAAUACUGUCAGUGUGUCAAUGACAUCCCAUCCAUUGCCACCGACAUGCUGACGCGUCUGUCGGACCUCCUCAAGCACUUCAACUCUCGGAGCUGCCAGUUGGUUCUGGGAGCUGGAGCUCUGCAGGUCGUUGGCCUCAAGACCAUCACCACCAAAAACCUCGCGUUAGCGUCCCGCUGUCUGCAGCUGGUGGUUCACUACAUUCCCAUCAUUAGAGCUCAUUUCGAGACCAAACUGCAGCCCAAGCAGUUCAGUGUCCUCAGACACUUCGAUCACAUCACCAAGGACUACAAUGAUCACAUAGCAGAGAUCUCUGCUAAACUGGUGGCCAUUAUGGACAGUCUGUUUGAGAAGGUUUUAUCAAAGUAUGAAGUGAAGGCUCCGAUGCCCUCGGCCUGCUUCAGAAAUGUCUGUAAGCAGAUGGCAAAGAUGCACGAAGCCAUUUAUGAACUCUUACCUGAAGAACAGACACAGAUGUUGUUUCUAAGGAUCAAUGCCAGCUUUAAAAUGCACCUGAAGAGGCAGCUGGCUCGACUUGGGGUCAUUAAUGACGGAGGACCACAGCACGGGCUGGUGGUGGUCGACGUGGCCUUCUACACGGAGAACAUCCAGGCGCUGAAGAGCCUCGAGCGACUCGACCUGAACAUGGCUGAGAUCUGGGAGCAGAAGAGGUGAUGUAGGACGGAGUCUGGACGUCAUGGACUGACCGACCCGGCGACGGGGGCCGACCUCAGGGGCCGAUGGCGGCCGGCUGACAGUGGAGGAGGCCCAGAGGGACCAAAACUACAAAACUGGGAGAAGAGCAGCAGCAGCAUGCCAGAACUCCAACAGCUUCAACGACUUGAUAAAGUUCCACACAGAGCCUCCUAAAAACUGCUGCCACCUCAUCUCACUGUGUGCAAUCGGACAGAAAUACUAGUAAAUUAUUAGACAGUUUUAUUGCAGCACACUGCAGGGUGUGGAAGAUGUUGAAGACAUGGAGGGGUAAUUUAUUUUUCUGACUUCUGGAGAAACAUUCUAUACUGUGGCAGACUUUUCUUUUUCCUUGGGCCCGGGAUGUUGAGGCUGAAAGGAUUUUUAUCGCCAACACUGAAAAUGAGCUUUUAUGUCACUGAUUUUGUGGACUUCAGGGAAACUUCACAGCUGAAGAUAGAAAGUUCAGGGGAUAAAAUGAUUCAGUCUGAAAAGAUGAUUUUCCUCUUCACUGCUCCAAACAAAUCUACAGGGUUCCUGUUUCCCAAAUCACUCUGAUCAGCUGCACACAACACGGACAUUUUUAUACUCAGA